AUGGAAGUCGAAAAAUCGAGCUCUUCGGACGAUCAAACCACCAUUCUGCACGAGGCCCCGUCAGCCUUCCUGGCAGGCGGUGAAAAUGGGGAUUACCCGCCUUUAAAGACUUUUCACGAUGCAAAGACUUUGUUCUGCAUAGAGUCUUCCAAGCUGUGGACCAUAGCUACCCCAAUCGCCUUCAACAUUUUGUGCAAUUAUGGGAUUAAUUCGUUCACGAGCAUAUUUGUGGGCCAUAUUGGGGAUGUGGAGCUCUCGGCUGUGGCCAUAUCUUUGUCGGUCAUCGCAAAUCUGUCGUUCGGAUUCUUGCUAGGCAUGGCUAGUGCCCUCGAGACCCUGUGCGGCCAGGCCUUUGGAGCUGGCGAGAUAAAAAUGCUCGGCAUCUACUUACAGCGCUCGUGGAUUAUCCUAACGGCCGCAUGCACAUGCAUGGUCCCACUUUACGUCUACUCUCGGCCCGUACUCAAACUUUUGGGCCAGAGGCCCGAUAUAGCUGACAUGGCUGGAAAUUUCUCUCUCUACAUAAUCCCACAAAUGUUCUCCUUAGCCGUCAACUUCCCGACCCAAAAAUUCCUACAGGCCCAGAGCAAAGUCUCAAUCCUUGCUUGGGUCGGGUUCGUGGCUCUUGUCGUGCACAUAUUCAUACUCUUUUUGUUCGUUAAGGUUUUUAAGUGGGGCCUACUUGGGGCGGCCGUAGCUUACGACGUGUCGGCUUGGGGGAUUGCUUUGGCCCAAGUGGUUUAUAUUGUCGGGUGGUGCGGGGACACCUGGCACGGGCUGACGUGGCUCGCGUUUAGGGAGAUUUGGGCAUUUUUAAGAUUGUCUGUGGCAUCCGCGGUUAUGCUGUGCCUCGAGAUUUGGUACUUUAUGAGUAUUAUCGUGCUGACAGGGCAUCUCGACGAUCCUGUCUUGUCAGUUGGGUCCCUCUCGAUAUGCAUGAAUUUGAAUGGAUGGGAAGGAAUGCUAUUCAUUGGAGUCAAUGCAGCAAUAAGUGUUCGUGUGUCGAACGAGCUCGGGUCGAGACACUCAAGGGCUGCAAAGUACUCGGUUUUCGUGACCGUGGCCGAGUCGCUCCUCAUAGGUCUGUUGAGCAUGGUGAUUAUAAUAGCAUCAAAGGACCAUUUUGCAAUACUCUUCACAAACAGUGAGAAAAUGCAAAAAGCUGUUUCUGAUUUAGCCUAUCUUCUUGCUAUCACCAUGGUGCUCAACAGCAUCCAACCAGUUAUAUCAGGUGUUGCAGUUGGGGGAGGAUGGCAAGGGCUAGUGGCUUUUAUUAAUCUGACUUGCUAUUACAUAAUUGGUCUCCCUAUUGGGUUUCUUCUUGGUUACAAAGCAAAACUAGGUGUACAGGGAAUUUGGAUGGGGAUGAUAUUUGGGACAUUUCUGCAAACUGUGAUACUUCUAAUUAUUGUUUGGAGAACAAAUUGGAAUGAGGAGGUGGAACAAGCAUCAGAAAGAAUGCGUAAAUGGGGUGGAGAAGGUAUAGAUUGA